AUGGGUGAACAAAGCGCACAACUCGAGCGGUACGGGGGCGGGGAAACUUUAGCCGGAAUCCCAACUCGCAAUGAUAUUAUUUCGGAAUGUGAUAAUGGGUUAACUGCUAUACUCCAACAAAAUUUAUCCGAUAAAAAACCUAUACACUUCAUGCCCAAUGAUGUAAGUGAUGCCACUGAAUAUAUAAAUAGGGUAUCUACAUAUAUUCUACGUAUUUACGGCACUUUGAUUAAUGGGCAAAAGGCUAGAGUAGAUAUUACAGGUAUCAAACCUUUCUUCGAUGUUGUCGUCCCAGAUGGAGAACCACUAGCUAUAUUUAAAAAUAGUUUAGUUAAAAUCGUGUCUACAACUCUCAAAGGCAUAUCGAUGCUUUCCCAGUUCGCGGUUACCAUACAGAAAAGAAACCAUACAUUCGUAUAA